AUGGUUGAACCAGCUCUCAAGAUUUCGAACGGCCCAGGUGCCCUCUGCAAGGUAUGCGGAGACCGAGCAUCCGGGAAACAUUACGGUGUGCCAUCGUGCGACGGUUGUCGCGGGUUUUUCAAGCGAAGCAUCAGAAGGUACAACUUAAACUUGGAAUACGUGUGCAAGGAGGGUGGCAAAUGUGUCGUUGAUGUCUCCAGAAGAAAUCAGUGCCAGGCGUGUCGGUUCGCAAAGUGUCUCCAGGCGAACAUGCGUCGGGAAGCUGUACAGCACGAGCGUGCUCCCCGCAAUUGUGCUCCUUUCACCACUAUCAACGGAGUAAACCCAUCCGAUUUCUACGCUUCCCGUCCCUUCACAAUUCCACAGACAAAUCUCUUCUUUCCGCUUCCCCUCCAUAUCACCGCAUCGUCAGCUUUCACGCCCAUGGAGCAGAGCCGAUACAUGCAGCACUACGGGGGAACAACGAUGUUCGAUCACUUCCCUCCGACGGCGUUUGGCGCUUCGGCUGUUCCACCGGUGCCGAAUCUCAAGCCGUCGGUAGACAAAACCCUCUCGGAAACGAUAUUUAGCAAAAUUACCGGUGACAUGACACCGCUGCAGUCGCCUCCCGUGCACUCCAUAAGCUCGAUCCUGAAUUCAGGCUCGGUUGUCGCAAAAGAGAACGAAGUUAGCAGCUCUGAGGAAAGCGUCGGACUCCCACCUGCACCGGCUGCGACGACUGAUAAAACAGAAUCUGACAUUCUUUUCGAAACGGCGGCCAAGCUGCUGUUUCUAGCUGUCAAAUGGGCCAAAUCGGUGCCCUCAUUUCUUCAACUGCCAGUCACAGAUCAGAAAGUACUGCUAGAGGAAUCCUGGGCAGAGCUCUUUGUCAUCACGUCAGCGCAAUGGGGUUUGCCAAUUGAUUCCGAAUUCAUCGCACGUAACCCGUCAGCUAGUCGGCUACAGGCGGCCAUCCAGCAAUUCACCAUGGCCCGAGUUGACUACCGAGAGGCAGCCUGCCUGAAAGCGCUAAUCCUGUUCCGUUCCGAUCAUCCCAACCUUUACUCAACGCACGAAAUUCUCCUGCUGCAGGAUCAAACUAUCGGUCUGCUGCACGAAAAGUGUGGUGGCGUCCGACUGGGCCAUCUGCUACUGUUGCUACCGGGUAUCAAAUCAGCAGCAAAUCCGAAACUUUUGCAGGAAAUGUUGUUCCGAAAAACCGUUGGGGAAGUAGCCAUCGAACGGCUAUUGCUAGAUUUGAUGAAAACAUGA